AUGCCGCCGAUGGGUAUGCCAAUGGGGAUGCCGAUGCCUCUUGGAAUGCCGACGCCAGGUGUGAUGCCCGGUAUGCCAGGGAUGGGCUUCUAUAACUCCCUUCCUGGUCGAUUUGGCCGGGAUAUGCUAGGUCGAGGAGAGGCCCAGCUGAUAGGACCAGACUUUGCGGGUCCGGGCGGAGUGGGGUCGACCCAGCCUUAUCGCCCUCCUGAUCCAUCUGCCCUCCCGCCUAUGCCUUUCGGUCUUCCGUUCAUCGCUAGGCCGGGCCAAGAAGGAUUUGACCAGUAUGGACGCAUGAUCCCACCUGAGCUUCCUGACGGAUGGGACGGCUGGGGUCGACCCAUCGUCUCUGGCGCCCUCGCUCCUCCACCGGCCGUACCGAUGAGCGUCCCGAGCCAGCCUGUCGGCACCGACCCCAUGGGCCAAGGGACGCGCGACAUGCCCCUCACGUCCGGUUCAGGCGGUCUCGACCGGUCGCAAGGGCAGAUGCCGGGCCAGAUCCCAAUGAGCGCGAGUACGGGCGAUACGCCUCUCAGCGCAGAGUCGGGAAGACCGGAACAACCACCAUGCUUCGAUCGACCGCCCGCUACCACCGACUCGUACUUUCGGUAUGACGACUUUGAGGCAUUCGCUCUGUCUGCUGGGGCGCUGAAUGAGGCAUGGAAGCUGCAUAUCCCCAGGGAGCUGAUCAGCCAUGACGUGACUCAGGAAGAUUGGUCCCGCUUCAUCUCCGACCUUCGUCGCGAAGCUCUCACUGGCGCCUCACACGGAACAUACGACUACACUGCCGCCCUCCACGCCGACCCGUCUCGCGGCGCGCAGCGUGCCAAGGGCCCAACGCCUCAAUUGAACGAUACCGUCCAUUCGCUUCUUGCCAGCUGGGCGGUCGCCUUCUUCCUCCCGCGCGGUAUCCGCGUGUACGCCGCACAAGAUGGCAAGCGCGUUGUUCCCCCACCUAUCGAGCCGACCGGGCGGAAUCGGCGGGGAUACUCCCGGGCGGACGAGUUCUCGGAUACCGCCGAAUCGGCGAGCGAAGACGAUGAUUCCGAGUGGUGGGAGGAUGAAGAGGAGAGGAGGCGCGAGGAUAUGUACCUCCCUCGACGGGAGAGAGGGGUGAGGAGUGCCGAGAGGAUGAGGGAGAGGAGGAUGGAGAGGAGGAUGAGGGAGUUUGAGGCGAAUAAGCGCAAGAAGCGAGAAGGAUGGGAGGUACACUUUGUGCCUAGUGUGCCGACGCUGUGGCAGCCGGGUAUGAGGCCUAGGACGUAUGGGGAGCCGGUGGUCAGGGUCAGACGGUGA